GGCGGACACAGAUCGGGGCCGGACAUUGUGAGUCAGGAAGGACCGCCUCUUCCGGUGUCGCAGUUACGUUCGCUGCUUGGGCUCCAUGGCUGCGCUAGGGAGGCAGGUUCCUAGCUGGCGCCAUCUAAUGGCCCUCUCCUGGACCUGUUUGGCUCGGCAGACCCCUUGUCUUAGAGAACUAAAAAAGAUGAGUCCUUCUUUGUUGUGCAAACAACUGAUUACAGUAUCCAAUGGAGGGAACCUUCAAGAGCUGCCCAGUGUUAGGCCUAAAAAGCAUGUGCAGGAACCAGAGUGCAGGACACAUUUUGUUCAGUGUGUUCAUGAGGAUCAGAGGACUUGUGUGGAGCCUGAAAAGGUCAGCCGUUCCCUCCUGGACAUGGGUUUUGAUGAAGCCCAUAUUAAUGCCUUGCUCAGUAUACAGCCAAAUGUCCAUCCCCAACAGCUGCUGAACAUAAUUUCAGAAUUUCUGCUCUUGGGUUUGAACCCAGAGCCUGUAUUUAUGGCCUUGAAGAAAAGUCCCCAGUUACUGAAACUGUCUACGAUGCAAAUGAGGAGGCGUUCCAGUUACCUUCAGAAGCUUGGCCUUGGAGAAGGGAAACUGAGGAGAGUGCUUCACAGUUGCCCUGAGGUUUUCACCAUGCGUCAGCGGGACAUUGACAGUGUUGUGAAGGUCCUCAAGGAGAAGUGCUUGUUCACAGUACAGCAGAUCACUGAAAUUUUACACAGGUGCCCAAGUGUUUUUCAGGAGGACCCCAGUGAACUAGAAUACAAAUUCCAGUAUGCAUAUUUUAGGAUGGGACUUAAGCAUCUGGACAUUGUCAGGACUGAUUUUUUACAGUACUCAAUAACCAAGAUCAAGCAGAGACACAUUUACCUGGAGCGCCUUGGACGGUACCAAACCCCUGAUAAAAAGGGACAGACACAGAUUCCUAAUCCUUCAGUAAAGAUCAUUCUCAGAGUUUCUGAAGCUGAGUUUUUGGUCAAGACAGCGUGUUCCUCUGCUGAGGAGUUUGAAGUUUUUAAAAAGCUGUUGGAUCGAGAAGAAGAGGUGUCUGAGAGCCAUGCAUCUGAGGAGGAGGAGGAGGAGGAGGAGGAGGAGGAGGAGGAGGAGGAGGAGGAGGAGGAGGAGGAGGAGGAGGAGGAGGAGGAAGAAGAUGAAGAGCUGCUAUGAUGGAGGACUGAGAUGAAGAGGGUGCAGGGAUGCCAGAGGUCAUUCUUACUCUCUCAAAGUUUGGGGAGCUUCACCUGGAUCUUGUCAAGCACUUUUAGUCCCGACACUGGACUUUUGAUGAAAAAACAAACAAACAAAAAAACACAACAAUUUUAUCAUCUACUGGAGAUGUAGAUACAUCAAACUAAAUAAGGGAUUCUUUGUUGUGCUCUGUUGGAUUCUGUGGGAGGCCCUAUUCUAUCCUAAAGGACUCAGCUGUUAAAAUCCAGGGGAUACAACAAGUUUGGUGUCUUUUCCUCUGUUGAAAUAUGUUGAUGCUAAUUCUAGAACUAUGUAGAGAAAGAGGUGCCUUCUGGCUCAGGAACUACUUUGUAUUUCUUUGUAGUAAUAAAGAUAAAAUCAAGAGAAUGUUAACAUGA